AUGAAAUAUAUUGCUUUAUUAUUCUUUAUUAGCAAAUCUGCCGCUACAACUUUAUGCGGUACCAUAGUUCAUAGUGUUGCAACUGUCGCCUUUGGAAAUUAUUUAUCCGCUUCCACUGGCUUAUUGUUGACUUUCUUUCGAAAUCCUGACAAAGACGAUAAAACAUUCUCAGCACAACUAAGAAGAUAUAUAAUUUUCACUGCGACCGUCCAACUAUUAAGUGUAUUAUGCCUUAUGACCUAUAUGACCACCAGAUUCUUCCAACUUAAUAGUGAAACUUUACCUGAUUUGCUUCGUAAAGACUCUGUGUUCAUGUAUUCUAUUUGUGCUGCGAGCUCUUUAACUACUUUCGUGAAGAUUAUUUAUGUUACUUCCCACUCUAAGAAUUAUUUGGAGGAUUUUUUUGAUCCUUAUUCAAAAAAAAAUGUAGCUCCUGCACUAAAUAGUUAUGCACUAAAUAGACCUAUGAUUCCGCAAGAAAAUGAAAAACACACCCAUCUUGAAAUGUUGGCGAAUCCUCUCACCAUCAUUCAAAUCAUUUUUUAUAUUAUGAUCUACUUUGGUCAAAUGGUUUUUCAAAUAUAUAUGAGAAUCAAAUUUCCAGCUCCUGGAUAUAUGAAUACAUUUCAAAUAAUUAGCAUACUUUCUAUGUUGUCCGCUAUUCCGUUAUUUUUAAUAGUCAAGCAUUGUACUAGAUCUCAAAAAUUCCUUUACGUUUUUAUAUAUCCUUUUGUAUUUCAGAUAUAUUUACACGCUGGAUAUAUUAGCUUUUAUCUAUAUUGUGAUGAGGGUUAUUUAUCUUCUACAUUAUUAUUUGUUAGUAAUUUCGCUUUAAGUAAUGUUCUUCGCG